CUAUGCCCGUGUACAAACUGUAUUAUUUCAACGUCCGUGCACGUGCUGAGGGAAUCCGAUGGCUGAUGUCCCUAGCUGGCGCUGAAUUCGAGGAUAUACGAUUUGAAGAGAAAGAAUGGCCUGCCAAAAAACCGGAAAUGCCUUUGGGAUACGUUCCCGUUUUGGAGGUGGACGGCCACAAACUGUCAGAAAGCAAAGCCAUUGGUCGAUAUCUUGCCAAUAAGUUUGGAUUUGCCGGAAAGACAGAUUGGGAGAAGGCUUUGGCAGAUCAGUACGUUGACGUUAUCUAUGACAUUGUUGCGGCUGCCAGAGCAAUUACCUGGGCUCCUAACGAAGAGGCCAAGAAAGAGUUGACGAAACUUCUCAAGGAGGUAGAUGGUCCCCGUAUCUUGGGUCGUUUGGAGAAAUGUUUGGAAUCUAACAAGUCUGGAUACUUGGUCGGAGAUAGCCUGACAUGGGCAGACGUAAUGGUGGCCUCGUAUCUGGACAGUAACAUCGAUAGGAUCAGUCCUGAGUUCGGCGAAUUGUUGGACAACUUCCCUAAACUUCGGGCUCAUUUGGACAAAGUUCGUGCCAUUCCACCGAUCGCAGCUUUCAUCGCCAAACGUCCCAAAACACCAAUGUAAUCCAUAAAAUUCAUAAAAAUGUUUAUUUUGUUGUCACGUGUCUGUAACAGAAAGGAAUAAAGCUUUGAUCAGUAUUGUUUAAAAUAAAGCGAUGUUAACUUAAUUACGGUUUGGCUUGCAGGAUAUAUGGUCACAGCACUAUUAUUAUGAAAUACAAACGUCACGACGACUUUUUUUGGCGACAUAUGUCGUGAUUAGUGUCUGAAAACACUUCUAAAUGUGUGGACCAGUCGGUCGACCUCUUUGAAGGAUAAAUAACUACUCAAAAAGCAAUCACAUCUGGCAAUAUACAACCUGUGACGAUAUGUCCACAGCAGAGAUUUUCAAAAAAAGCGUUCAAGCGCUAUCAUCGUCGACCAUAAUCGUCUUGCGAAUCUUUAACGAGUUCAUUCUACAAUCGGGUCUCCGUCCACCAUUAGUGACCAAUAUACGCACCCGGCUACUCAUAUCUCAUUAAAUUGGAUAUUAUAAGGAUCGAUCAAGUCAGCAUUUGAUUUCAAAAUGGGCGCUGGUGCGAAGGGAAAAUAGGCCUGGAUGUAACAAAUGGUGUUUUAGCGCGACAUGCGUACAUGUACGUGUAUAGACCUCGUUAUGUUUAGAUUUUCAUUGCUCAAAGCACCGCCAGACAGAUCUUGUAUAAGAACUAGACGCCACGCACUUUCUUAGACGCCACCGACCACCUCCGCACAAAAUGUGUUUGCAUUUUCAA